ACGUUCAUAAUCGUCCUGACUAAUCUGUCAAAACUCACAGUUUAUGGGAUUCCGUCUUUUUAGUUGUGGAAACCGAUGUUAUUGUGCAUAUUGAAUAAUUUUAUUUUUCUGGUUGUUUUUUUACAUUGGUGAGUGAAUCUCAUUUGUUAUUGUUAAGCAUGUUUCUGAUUUGAAUGUUGCCAAAGAAGUUGGAGCUAUUGCAAGACCUGUCAUUCAUACUAUUCUGAAGAAAUGAAACCAGAACAACAAAACAAAAUACAGAAGUAGGAAUUCAAAGGUCAACCAAAAUCCAACACAAUGGAAUUAGCUCACAGUUUACUACUUAAUGAGGAGGCUCUAUCCAAGAUCCCAGAAAACAAGAAAAAUGUGUUUGUCUUUGAAUGGCUACGAUUUCUGGACAAAGUGCUUGCCGCUGCUCAAAAGUCGGACAUCAAAGAAAAACAGAAGCGGCUCGUCGAGCAACUGACCAAUCAGAUCAGCGAGUCUCCAGGUCCACCAACCAGGAAGCUGCUGGCACGCUGUCUGGCAACGCUCUUCAGCGUCGGAGAUUCAUUUGCUAUGUUUGAGGCCAUCAACAAGUGCAACGAGUUCGUGAAAAACAAAGAUGAUUCACCAAGCUACCUUCCCACUAGAUUGGCCUCCGUUGCCUGCCUAGGGGGUAUAUAUGAGAAGAUGGGGCGAAUGACAGGGCGGUCCUAUGAGGAGACAGUCCAGGCACUCAUCAAGUCCCUGAAAUCUGCAGAGUCCCAGUGUCGAGGUGAAACAAUGUUGACCCUUGAGAAGGUCGUGCAGGGUCUUGGGUCGGCGGGGGUCAACUCAUUCAAGGACGUCUACAAGGCUGCAAAGGUCGCGAUGACUGACAGGGCCAUGGCUGUCAGAACAGCAGCUGCAAAGUGCAUGUACCAACUUGUCAACGAGGCACCGUUCAUGUCAACGACAGAGCUAGAGACAGUUGUCUCCCUUUGUUUCCGAUCUCUUGACGGCUCCAACUACGACGCUCGUUAUGCAGUUGCUGAAAUGUUAGGCAACUUGUGUGCAACUGCCCUAAACCCAAAACCUGGGACAACACCAGCAAAAGCCAAAUUGGUCAAGUUGGAGGAUGUUCUGGGACUGUUGUCAACAGGUUUUCUGAGAGGUGGUUUUGGGUUCUUGAAAAGUUCCACAGGGGGAGGUAAUGCAGCCGUCAACAGAGAAAUACGAGUGGGAGUAACACAUGCCUAUGUGGAGUUUAUCAAAUGCAUGGGAGGCCUUUGGCUGGAGCGAAACAUCUCUGUGUUCCUCAACCAUGUCCUUGACCUGGUGGCUAACCCCCGGGCAACUCCCUCCCAUGUGGACGCCGUGUACGCCCGGAAGUGUGUCUCGUUCAUCAUACGCUCAGUGAUUGGCGGCCUGCUCGGGGAGAAGGCCCAGAUUGCUGCUGCCAAGGAGAUCUGUCAGAUCAUCGUGAGGCAGAUGCAGACUAUAGGAGAGGCCAGUGUGGAAGCCGUAGAUAGCAAGGCGCAGACAUCAGACAUUUCAGGCAGUCAGCAUGUGCUGGUGUGUGCACUACACGAGCUGGGCUGUCUCGUGCUCAGUCUUGGGACAUCAGCCAGCCCUCUAGUGGCUGAACCAGCAACAGGAAUCAUAGAGCCGGUGGUGUCUGUGCUUAUACACCCGAGUGCGUCCGCCCGUCUGUCGGCCUCCUGGUGCCUGGGAAGCAUCUCUGUAGCCCUGCCAUCCCAGCUGACCCCACUUGUGGACCGCUGUCUGGAGCGCAUGAACAAACUCAAGUCAUCGCCCGAGGCCGUGUCUGGAUACAGCAGCGCCCUGGCCGCUCUGCUGGGACGUGUCUAUCAGUGUCCACUGGGCAUACCUCAUGCCAAGGGGAAGCAAAUCUUCAACAUUGCAGAGGAGUUGUUACGAACAGCCAAUCAGAACAGUCGUCUUUCACUGCAGAGGACCCAGUCAGGCUGGUUGCUUCUUGGAGCAUUAAUGACUCUAGGUUCCCCAGUUGUGAAGGGUCACCUGCCACGCAUGCUGCUCCUGUGGAGGAACGCCUUCCCUCGGUCCGUGAAGGAGUUGGAGUCAGAGAAGGCCCGCGGGGACACAUUCACCUGGCAGGUCACACUGGAGGGCAGGGCAGGGGCUCUCGGAGCUAUGCUGAGUUUCCUGCUGCACUGCCGUGAACUGAUCACAGAGGACGUGAUACGACGCCUGCUAGCCCCACUAGAGUGCACCCUCACUAUGCUCGCUCAUCUCCCAAGUGUGAUCAAGAUAUACGGCACUCAUUUGAAGGCCAGUGCUGCAAUGGUCCGCCUCAGAAUGUAUGAUGUCCUGUCUUUGCUACCACCACAGUCCUAUGAAGGGUCCUACACGGGACUGCUACGUGAGCUCGUGGCCGAGUUCACGCUCACAGACAACCCUGCCAACACGACCACGUCUCUGCUGCGUGCCAUGUGCCACGUUGACGACAGCGUGAUACUCGGGUCCUGGCUCCAGGAGACCGACCACAAGGCUGUUGAAGAUCAGUUUGAACCCAAUCGUAAGGUUGAUCCCUGUAAUCUGCAGCCUAACAGUGCGUCGGGAUCGGGUGCCUUGGAGCAUGAUCCCCACUCGCUGUUUGUCAGGUGCCCUGUGAGUGACCCUAUCCCGGGCCCCCUGCCGCUGGGUGUGACCGUGAUUGACAGCUCAGUGCGGCUGUAUGGGCUGAUCUUCCCGCGGGUGGCCCAUAAACACCGCUACCAGAUGCUGCAGCACUUCAAUGAGUGCAUCCGCCAGGCCAAGUCCACCAGGCAGCAAGCCGUGCAGAUGAACAUAUUCACUGCCGUACUCUGUGCACUCAAGAGCUUGUCCGACACAAAGACAAAACUGGGGCCAGAUGAUGUUAAAAAAGCUGCAUUCAACUUGAUCCUUGGUGCUUUAAGCAGCACCAACCCGAUCCUGCGGUGUGCGGCAGGUGAGGCACUGGGUCGAAUGGCACAGGUUGUGGGCGACAGCAAGUUCAUAGCAGAGAUGGCCCAGUACAGCUUUGACAAACUGCGGACGGCACGUGACGUGGUGAGCCGUACUGGCAACUCUCUGGCCCUGGGCUGCCUGCACAGAUAUGUGGGUGGCAUGGGGUCAGGCCAGCACCUCAACACCAGCGUCUCCAUACUGCUGGCCCUAGCUCAGGACUUUAACUCACCCGUAGUACAGGUGUGGGCCCUACAUGCCCUUGGGCUAAUAGCAGACAGUGGGGGGCCAAUGUUCCGCGGGUAUGUGGAGCCGACGCUGUCCCUGGUGCUGCAGUUGCUGCUGACAGUACCGCCCUCCUCCGUGGAUGUACAUCAGUGCCUGGGCAAGUGCCUAUCUGCCCUCAUCACUUCCAUAGGGCCCGAACUGCAGGGUAACUCUGGCUCCAUAGCGACCGCCCGGUUGUCAUGCCUGGUUUGCUGUGCAGUCAUGCAGGACCACUCGGACUCUCUCGUGCAGGCAGAGGCGGUCUCCUGUCUCCAGCAGCUGCACAUGUUUGCCCCGAGACACGUGAACUUGGGCACCCUGGUGCCACAUCUGUGUGAGAAAUUGAACAGUCCCCACCUGUUGUUACGUCGAGCAGUGGUGGCCUGCCUUCGACAGCUGGUAACCAGGGAGGCCAAGGAAGUGAGGGAUCACGCCCUGGCGUUGGCAGGGGAUGAAGUGGGGAAGGAGGGGAAAUACGGGAUCACAGAGUCUGGGAUUGAAGGUCGCCUGUUUGCCAUGUGUGAUACUGAGGUGGAUGGGAAAAUGAUAUCCGAUAUACAGGACACUCUUGUUGGCAUGCUGCAGACACUGGCCACAAAGGAUCUGACUCGAUGGCUGAACUUGCUGCGAGAAAUUCUGUCCUCCACAGAUUCCAGUAGUGGACCUAUGGAUGAAAGUGUUACAAGCAAAGUAGAGGAAGAGGAUGAUGAUGAAGAAGACAACAAUGAUGCUGUGGAGUUCAAAGCUCCAGAUGUGGACGUUACACAUCCUUCUGUAGCCCCCAGAUGGCCGACCCGUGUGUUUGCUACUGAGUGCUUGAGAAAGAUCAUAGUGGCCUGCGAGGAAGACCCCAUCCACUUUGAUCUCGAGCAGGCAAGAAAUGCAAAGAAACAGAAAGCUGACUACUUGGUGCUGCACGUGUCAGAGCUGGUACGUAUGGCGUUCAUCGCCGCCACCUCUGACAGCAACCAGCUGAGGCUCGCUGGCCUGGCAGCCCUACAGGACAUCAUCAUAAAGUUCUGUGCUGUGCCCGAACCAGAGUUCCCCGGACACGUCAUACUGGAACAGUUCCAGGCCCAGGUGAGUGCAGCUCUGCGACCUGCCUUCUCAACUGAGACCCCAUCUGAUGUCACUGCUGCAGCCUGUGAUGUGUGCAGCACCUGGAUAGGCAGUGGUGUGGCCCGCGACCUCAACGACCUUCGCCGCGUCCACCAGCUGCUGGUGUCCUCCCUGGGCAAGCUGAGCUCGGGCAAGUCCCAGUGUGCCCUCUACAAUGAGGCAGCCUCCACUAUGGAGAAACUGGCUGUGCUCAGAGCAUGGGCUGAGGUGUACAUUGUGGCAGUGAGUCAUGCAGACCCAGGGGGCAAGGAGGAGUUGAUACGCUCCACAGACGAGGAUGAGUUUGACAACUCUGGGGAGAGCCUGCUGACCCUCGUACAGUCUGAGCUGCCUACCCUCUCACAGAACUGGUUCUACGCACUGAAAGACCAUGCGCUCCUCUCACUGCCCCAAGAGUAUUCCAAUCAGCUACCAGCCGAGGGAGGGGCGUUCUACCAUGUUGACACCCUGGACUCCGCCCGGGCCCACUACCGCAAGUCCUGGCCCUCUAUCCUGCAUGCCCUGGCCAUCUGGCUGAAGGAGGCAGGCUUUGCAAAGCUGAACAAGGGAGCUAAUCACGUGGCAGGGGAGCCUACUUUGUCUGACACUCCUGCAAACCUGUACUCCGAGGAGGCCAAUGCUGAACGGCUCUAUCUCAUCAUAGGUAUCUGUGUGGAGGCCAUGUGCAACACGACUGUCCCCCUGCCUGAGAGCACAGCGGAGGUAUGUCUGCACGCCAUACACGCCCUGCUGGAGUCAGCCUGGGCGCGCGCACAGGUCGCCAAGGAUCCCGUACUGUACAAGGAGCUACUCAACGUCAUGAACAGGGUGUUCCUGAGUCACCCGGGGGUGAAGGUACAUCUAGCAGUGAUGGACGUGGUCAAGUGUGUGGUGAUUGCUGCUCAAGAAUACCUCGACUUCCUAAAGCAAACUGAAGAAUCAAAACCGGACGCUGAUCCACCUAAAGACAAGCGGGCACUCCUGCCACUGGGUGGUGAGGGUAGUGAAACAGGGGAGAUAAUCCCGGGCCAGUCUAUCGUCUACGCCACCCUGGAGGUGUGCGUGGGGGUCAUGUCACGCCGUGUGCCGGCCCUCAACCCCUCAGCGCAGGCUACCGGGUUUCAUGUGCGGUCCAGCCCCCAGCUGACGGAUGAGGUGUGUCUGCUGCUGUCAAACGUGGUCGACGUGUUAACGGAGAUGCCCAGCUUGUGUUCUGUGGCAGGUAGCCUAUCAGUACUGCCCACAGUGUUCCACCUCCUGCUAGGCCUCCUACGUGAGAUGGCUCCACGAGGCUCUGACAAGCACUCCACCGCCGUUGUCACCUCCUGCAUCAACAGUGUACGCGCGCUGCUAAGUUCCACACGCUAUGACGGGGAUAAGAAACUGCCUGACUGGCAUCGGCUCAUCAAGAGCAGCCUGGCUACCAUCAUUAAUAGGGCAUCUCCUGAGGGAGACUACCCGGGUAUGGACGAGACCACGCUGCUGUACGUGGUCACAGUGAUGGUGAUGUGCGCACCCAAAGUGGUGGGUCAGCACGCGCCCCUCGUGCAGUCUGCCAUCCGAGUGUUCCUGGAUUGCUGGCAGUCUCCAAAUAUACCCGUGCGCCUGAAGUGCUGCCAGCUGUUCACCACACUCAUCUCCAAGCUCAGUGCGGAGGACGCCAUGCCGUACAUCCACGUGCUUGCCCCUAAGAUCGUCCAGUAUAUGUACGGGUGCACCGCCCAGCACCCGACCUCCGACCUGGAGAAGGACCUCCUGCUGGCCUGCGUCAACACAUUUGAGAUGCUGGCCGGGAUAGCCGAGGAAAGUAAACGAAUCACACUGCUGACAGUCUUUCUGCCGAUACUAGUGUCCUACCUCCUGGACGAGAAGACCCUGCCGUCUGCGAGCAGACUCCACCGAAAGAUCCACGAGGAGAGCCUGUCCCAUCUGAUGAAGAUUGGUCCCCAGUUCCCAGCGCAGUUCCGGGCCAUCAUGUCCAGCCAGGGCGAGCUCAAGUCUCGACUCGAGGCUGCCAUAAAGCUCAAUGAGGAGAUGAAGUCCGCCUUGUUGAAGGCGCAGGAGAAGGCCAAGGCCGCGGCUCAGCCUGUGAAGCCCUCUAUCACACUGAAAACGAACUUUGGGAGCUUUGCUUGAUCUGGAUGUUUAUGUUUCUUUGUAAACUUAACUUAAUGGAUUAGACAGAGGGAUUACUGUGCCAAUUUAGAUUAUAGUCAUAACAAUACUGUUGACAGCGUAUAUAUGUUUGAUAGACAGGUCUGACUAAAAAAUGGUAGUAUUCUAAAUGACUUAAACACCAGCAAUCAUAGCAAUCGUAUUCCUGCAUCAAACCAGCAUUUUUACAUUGAUCAUAUUUCCUACUGGAGUCAAAUUCCAACAAGUCUUUAAGAGGUCAGUAAAUGUUUAAAAGAGACUUCUCUUUUGUACAUCGAAGCCUUAAGUUAAGGCCAUGUUAAAAAUGCUUUAACAAUAUAUGCUUGUCGAUUUCUCAAUUUAUUAAUGAAAGUUUGUUAGCACUGAGUGUUUGUUUUAAAUUUUAAUAUGUUAGGAAAGCUGACUUUUCAAAUAAAUUGUUUUCCUUUGAAAUUAAAGUACACAUGUUACUUAAACUGCUGAUAUUGGUCUGUGCGCAUGUGUGGUACUUUAAUGUAUUAUUUUAUACAGAUGUUUAACUUGUAUGGUACACAUACUCAGAUGGGAUAUGAUUUUUAAAUGUCUUGGAUGUUAGUGAUUACUUUAUUUCAGAGGUGCGUGAAAAUCCAACGUUUAUAUUGACAAUUGAACAGGACUAGAAAGUAAGGCUUGAAAUUGCAGAUACAUACUUCUCAUUGGCAAUAAUGUUGAACACUUCAACAUUUUUGCCUAUAGUCUGCCAUGGCAUUGAAAACCUGUUGACAAUGCCACUUGCAUAAUAGUCACAGGAUAAGGAUUGAAAUUACUACAGUAGGGUAGAUAUGCUGCCAUGUCUGUGUACAGUAGGGUAGAUAUGCUGCCAUGUCUGUGUACAGAAGGGUAGAUAUGCUGCCAUGUAUGUGCACAGUAGGGUAGAUAUGCUGCCAUGUCUGUGUACAGUAGGGUAGAUAUGCUGCCAUGUCUGUGUACAGUAGGGUAGGUAUGCUGCCAUGUCUGUGUACAGUAGGGUAGAUUUUCUGCCAUGUCUGUGAUAAUUGCACAAGUAUGUGGCUGUGUUUUGUAUGGCGCAGUAUUAGUUACAUUUUAUCAAACAUAUUGCUCUUUAAAAAAAACUUUGGUUGAUACAUCAUAACAAUUGUUGGUGCUAAAACUUUUUGUAAAAAGCAAAAACACGUAUGUGCUAUUAUUUAUUUUGCCUCAUAAUUUCUUUUGAAUUCUAUUGAAGCAUGUCAUUUGUUCAAAGGUCAAGGACUUGGUCCUCAUUAUGUACAUCCCUGAGGUAUAAUACGAACAAGGCCUCAUGAUACAUAACAUUAAUACAUAAUUUGAACAUAAUUAACAGACAACUAUUUAAUAUGUUGUUUCACUAUGAUAAUGCAAUCUAAAAAUACAUCUGCCACUAUUUAUUUGCAUUGUAUUUUAAUCUGGAAAUGUGUAUUUAUAUAAGCAAUUGAUCAUUGGUUGUGUUCAUUGGCAUUUGUAUUUGCAGUUUAACUGUUGCCCUGAAGUGAUGGUAAGUACAUAUUUAACUUUAUAAAAUACAAAUGCCUUUCAUCAAAAAAUUUGUUUUUAAUUAUAUUGCAUAUUGGCAAUACAAUUGCAUAUAUAAGUAUGAUAAUAUGUUUUACACUAAAUUUAGAAGAAUUGAUUUUCACAUUAAAAUUAAUCAUAAUAAUUUGAGUUUUAAAAAUAAUGGAAUAGGCAUAUGUGCGUUAUUUUUAACCAGGUUUUCCGAAGGAAAAAACUGGUUAUUAGAUUGGCGAAUGCUGGCGGGCGGGCGGAACAAGCUUGUCCGGGCCAUAACUUUGUCGUUCAUUGUGAGAUUUUAAAAUCAUUUGGCACAUUUGUUAACCAUCAUUAGACGGUGUGUCGCGCGAAAAAAUUACGUCAAUAUUUCCAAGGUCAAGGUCACACUUUGAGUUCAAAGGUAAAAAAUAGCCAUAAAUGAGCUUGUCUGGGCUAUAACUAUGUCAUUCAUUAUGAGAUUUAAAAUCAUUUGGCACAUUUGUUCACCAUCAUGGGACGGUGUGUCGCACGAAAGAAUCACGUCAAUAUCUCCAAUGUCAAGGUCGCCACGACUAAAAAUAGAUUUAUUUUAAAACAAACUUACAAAGGGGGUUAAUUUUGUUUGUUCAUUUCAAAAUUUCAGUUUGAGUUGUCUCCCUUUAUCAGAUUUUUUUUCACAAUGAAAACCUGGUUUUGUGACAAUUUUGUCCCUUGUUUUCUUUACAAUAAGUUGUUAACAAAUUGUGAAAAUUACUGUAGUAAUGAUUUUGAUUGUGAAAGUUACUGUAGUAAUGAUUGUGAUAGGAAAAUGUGUGUUUUUGAUUUUAUUUAAAACAAAUGUGCAAUAAGUUGUAAAGAUGAAUGAACAAUUAUUAUGAUCUUUCAUCUUUUUUUAACUUAACUUGAGAAGGGAAAUCAUGACAAUUUGUCCAUGUGAAUCCUGUAUCUUUACAAAUUGUUUUUGAAAGGAAAGUUGGUAAUGUAUUUGAAACAAACAAUAAUUGUAACUUAAUCUGUUAUUUUUAGUGCCAAAUGGUAAACAUUAUUAUGUGUUUUCAGAACAUCUCUUUAAAGUUGUUUACCAAAAAUUAUUAUUUCAUGUUUUAUGCAUAUUUGUAUUUAUACAUUUCUUAGUAUAGAAGCAUUAUGCUUAAAAAUCACAUAUCUAAUUACACGUCAUGCAUAUGCUUUACAAAAGGAAUGAUAGCAUCAUUUCAGAUGUUCAAGAGGACAGUGAUAUAUAUAUAUAUAUAUAUAUAUAUAUAUAUAUAUAUAUAUAUAUAUAUAUAUAUAUAUAUAUAUAUAUAUAUAUAUAUAAUUUUGUGUGAGUGUUUUUAUAUUUCGGUUUAUAUAUAUUAUAUAACGAAACUUGUGACAUUAAACGUAUACAUUUAUGUCUAAUCUAAUUAAGUAUUUUCAAUUACACAUGGUUAAUAUUCUUGUUAUAUUCCUGUUUAUAAUCUGUACAUUUUCAGUUAAAUAUUGUUACACCCCAACAUAUAUAAUUACUUAAGUUUUGCAAUUAAUAAGCCCACAAAUAUGUUUAUUUUAAUAAUUAAAUUAUUUUUCUUAUACAUGUAUGUACAUAAAUUUGUAUAUGUACGUUUGUAAAUAAUAAUGUGGUGAAAGAGGUAAAAUUAUUGUUUAAAGCUUGUAUAUUAAAUUAAGCAUGUAAAUAUAAGUGUGUAAAUCAUGUUUACAGUCGUGAACUAUAUGAUGAACAUGGAAAUGUAUAUUUUGUCAUUUUGUAUAUUAUUGAUCUUUAUGUUAAUGAUGUUUUCAUUAUGAAUAACGGUUAUUUAAAGCCAGCUUGUAACUAUGUAGCUUGGAAUGUAGCGAGUUAAUCAACGCUAAUAUACUGACAAAGCAUUA